GUGUGUAUCAUGGGCGCCCGUGAAACAUUAAGAUUGGUGGAAAAAUGUAUAAAUUUUUCCUCUUCGGCGUUGUAAUUCACUUGAUAUUCCUCUCAUCGAUCUUCGACAUCUACUUCCUCUCGCCCAUCAUUCGGGAGUUGACGCCGCAGAAGGAUCUCGAGAAUCCUCCAGCGAAAAGACUGGUGCUCUUCGUGGCAGACGGGCUCAGGGCGGAGUCCUUCUACCGCGAUGGCUUCAAAAUGACUGAAUAUCUCGGCGAGAUUGUGAUGAAACAGGGAAUCGCGGGCAUUUCGCACACCAGAGUGCCCACGGAGUCUCGUCCGGGACAUGUUGCCCUGAUUGCGGGCAUCUACGAGGAUCCCAGCGCAGUGACGCGAGGCUGGAAGGACAAUCCAGUGGACUUCGACUCGGUGUUCAACCGCAGUCGCGUGACUUACUCCUGGGGCAGUCCAGACAUCCUGCAGAUCUUCGUGAAGGGCGGCAAUGAGCGCAAGCACAUCUUCACGCACUCCUACACGACCAGCGACGUGGACUUCUCGGGUAAGAAUCGCACCGUGUGGCUGGACGAGUGGGUGUUCAGUCGCACGAAGGAAUUCCUGCUGCGCAACGUGACGGAUGAGCUCAAGAGCCAGGACAGAGUGAUAUUCUUCCUUCAUUUGCUCGGUCUGGACACCGCUGGCCAUGUGCACAAGCCCAACUCGAGGCUGUUCCUCAAGAACCUGGUGGUCGUGGACCGGGGAAUCAGAGAGAUUGUGUCUCUCUUUGAGAACAUCUUCCCGGAUUACAUGACCAGCUACGUCUUCACCUCGGAUCACGGGAUGUCGGACAGAGGCGCGCAUGGCGCAGGACACCACCACGAGACGGAGACGCCCAUCGUCGCCUGGGGCGCCGGGGUGGCCAGGAAGACCUCGUGGAAGCCGCUGGAGAGCAUCGAGCAGGCGGACGUCACACCGCUCAUGGCGGCGCUCAUCGGCGUGGCGCCGCCAGUGAACAACGUGGGCAUGCUGCCGAUCCAAUUCCUCAGCGUGUCGCAAAACUACACUUCGCGUGCGCUCUGCUCCAACGCCCUGCAGAUUCUGGCGCAGUUCAACAAGGUGUCCGGCGACUUCCACCUCGGCAAGCUAAGCCGCUACUUCCGCACGUUCGAGAAGGAACAGGUGAUCCGCGACGUGUCGCGCGAGAUCCGUCGGAAGAUCGCUCUGGAGCAGUACGACAAGGCCAUCGCGAUGAGCCACAGCGUAAUCAAGGACUGCCUGCAGGGCAUCGAGUUCUACCAGACGUACUACCAGAAGCUCUUCCUGCUCACCGUGAGCGUGGCCAUGGUCGUAUGGAUGAUCAUCUCCUUCCAGGAGCUCACCUCCGGCCACUUGGAGUACGUGACGCGCGUGAUCGACUGCCGCGUGACUGUGAUCUACACCAUCUUGCUGAGUUUCACCAUCACGUUCGUCAUUCUGCAGCAGAUCAACUUCCGCCUAACGCUCUAUCUUAUCCUGCCCAUCAUCCUGCAGUUCGUCACGCUGAAGCGCUGGAACUACUUCAACGCCAUCCGCUUCAGGACCAACCUCAAGUUCAUCCUGCUGUACGCCGCCGGAGUGGAACUGUUCGUGCUGGCCUUCUUCUAUCGCUUCACAUUGGCCGCCAUCCUGCUCAUCUACUGCGCCAUUGAGGCUGUGCAGCAGUACCGCAAAGGCCUACCAAAGAUGAUGCUAGUCAAGUGGAUUGUCUCGUCCACGAUCCUGUCCAUUUUCCCCUCCUUGCCGGUCAUCGAGAAAGACGCCAAUGACUUUCAGCUGCUAUUUAUUGGGACUCUUCUGUGGUGCGUCCACAGUUUCAUUUCCUUCCUCACGUCCUUCAACAAGGAGGUCGAGAGCUACUGGGAGCAAGUGCACAAGUACGGCAUCAUAUUCCUUCACUUGAUCGUCAACAUCAACCUCUUGGCGAGCGUUAGUUCCAUCAACGAAGGCGCCGGAUUGCAUUCCGUCUAUCAAAUCAUCUCCUGGAUCUCUCUCAUUCUCGCCCUCAUUCUGCCCAUCCUGAGCUCUGUCGAUCCGGAGACAAGAUUGUGGACUCUCGCGAGCAGCUUCAGCGUUCCAAUUUCCAUCAUGUCGCUGUCUUACGAGCCCAUCUUCUUCUUCGUCUUCUCCGUGAACCUCAUCACGUGGUUCCAGAUGGAGUUCGCGAGCCACGAAGCGACGCACCAGAAGCUCUUCCUCGACAGGAGAGACUUCAUCCGGAUGUACAUCAUUCUGCUGUACAUCUUCGUGUCCUUCUUCGGCACAGGCAACUUCGCGUCCAUCAGCUCUUUCGAUCCCAACUGGGUCAGAUGCCUGGUGACGACGUUCUCGCCCUUCCUCAUGGCCACACUCAUCAUCCUGAAGCUGAUGGCGCCGAUUCUGCUGGUCGUGUGCGUUCUGCGGAUGAUCCAUGUCAUUUCCAAGACGGAAAUCCGGAAACUGUUCAUUGUGAUUCUGCUAAUUUGCGACGUGAUGGGCGUGAAUUUCUUCUAUUUGAUCACGAAUCGCGGCUCUUGGCUGGAAAUCGGACAGUCCAUAUCGCACUUUGUCAUAAUCGAGGUGACGGUUUUGGUGCUGCUCCUCCUCUUCUUUGUCACGCAUCCGUUCACCAAUUUGGACUUGGUGACCGUUCUGCGGAAUGGCAAAGAACUGCUGCCGACGACCAAGAGGCGCAAGAUUCAAUAAAUGUGCACGUCCAGUGAAUACUUUAUUCGUCACAAUGAUGGAACCUCUUCAGUUGCGCGCACGUUCCCCAAAAUGAGUCACUUUCCGCACUCGAUGGUUAAAUGUGGUCAAUGUGAAUGGCAGUAUUUCAUUGUUCAGACUUGGAAACUUCUUUUCCUAAUUAGAUCUGUGAUUUUUACGCCUAGUUCAACUGUAAGUCCUUUUGGGAGAAUUUGUAGGCCAAAACGUUAAGAUACUUUAAUGCAAAACUCUGUCAGAACUUUAUUCUAGUUUGUAAGAUUAAAAUUGAAGCGGCAAAUAUCUCUGUAUUGUUCUAAGUUUAUCGAUCAAUCGACACUCAAGUAAAUCGAGAGCAAAACAGUUUAUUAACCCUUGGAUAAAUAUUGUUUGUAUUCAAAUUUUAGCCGCGCGAGCAAGUCUUUUUUAAGACAAUAAUAUUUGAAGAUGUAUUCUAAAUUGUAUAAAAUCUAAGAUUAAGUCAAGCUAUCGAACUGGGCAUUUUUAUUUAUUAGCUUUUUAGUAAACUUUAGUUUAACUAUGAAUAUCCAUAUCUGGAAAUUAGUCAAUUUACACACACACACACACACACACACACCCUUUCCUGACUGUUUCCUAUUUUUGUAUCCCAAUAAAUG